AUGCUCGUCCGCGGAAUCAUCUCGUCCGUCUUGCUCGCGUCCAUGUGCUCGGCACUACCUAUCUUGUACACGCGUGCCUUGAACAUUCUCGGACUUGUGAUCUUCGAGCCUGUAGGUCUUUGCAGCUUCUGACCGUUGCGGAGUUAGGGAAGGCCCCCGGGGGAACUGCCGCUGACGUUCUCUCCCUUCCUACAUCAGCAAAAUGGGCACUCGGCGCGCACCGCUUAAAGGCGCUUAAGCCCCGCGUCUUGUUAAGCGUCCUUAACCGGGGCUUAAGCGCCUUUAAGCGGUGCGCGCCGAGUGCCCAUUUUGCUGAUGUACGCCACCGGAAGAACAUCCUCACCCCCGGCAACUCGCUCAUCAACACAAACGUGCUCGCCAACGUUCUCGGUGGGGUACAGCUCUAAUCCCCCCUCAGAUAUCACGGGGUGAAAUAUGUCGUUUAUGUGGUGGUACUGACACUGAUGUUCACCCUCAUUCGUCCUCGUCUUCGAACAGGCCCUUGUAAUGCCCUUCACGACUAGGUUACACGGUCCAAAAGACUGACGAUUUCAAUAGAUGCAUAUUGAAAUCAGAAGGGUAGUUAAAUAGCGUAAGGCAACCGAGCCUUACAGCCCUAGGAACUGUACCGGCAAGGGCGUUCUUGGUGUUCAGACCAACCUCCAGCUUUUGAACUUGUUGAAGGUCAGUCAGGAAAUGUUAAAACAGCUUUUGCUUUCGAAUUUCACGCCAAAUUCAAAUUUGAACCCCAUGAACUGACUCAUUCCGGCGUCCGCUUCUCCAAGGUGUGCUCUUGUGUCAAGGUCCUCAACCCCCUGUCGAACCAAGUCACUUACCCUCCCUGCCCCGCCAACGCCUCGCCCUCGCCAAUUUGUGCCCAAGCCUCGGGUCAAUGCGGCUGCGAACGUGACCUCGGAUACUAUUUGACCAAAGUCAAUGGUACCCAAGUCUGCGUCCCGGGUCUGAGCUGCCCGCUUCCCAACCACUGCAGUUGAUCGCCACCGUCCUCGGAAUGUCAGGAGUGGGUCCAAGCUUUACCACUAGCCUACGCUGACCUCAAAAAGGUACAAUAUCCACUCUGAAAGGAGUGGACAGCUUGGUACUAUGUAUGGCCAACCCCCAGUGAAGCAAGGCAUCUUGCGGGCGGUUUGUGUUAUCAUUGUCGACUUCCAUCUAGUUUUUCCGUAGGCCAAUCAGGGGGAACAGGACUUGGGGGCAAUAUGAUGAACAGUUUCUACAAAAAAAAACAAAAAACAAAAAAACAAAAGGAUUACUGAUUCAUGACACGGAACGACCAAGUGCGUUUGCUCGCGAGGCUACGUCGACGACCUCGCUGGUGGUUGCAUCUCGGCUUGCCUCGUCAUCGGAUGA